GGGGCCUUGUUUAUAUAUGUAAUUCAAAUAUGAAGAUGGAAAAAACAAAAAAGUGUUUCGAAUUUAAUUGAUAAAUUUUACCAAAAUUUCGCACAUUGAUAACAUUUCACGCUACAAAAUAAUUAAAUCUUUGAUAAUAAUGAUAAUCAAAUGCAGACAGCCGUGACAUAAAAUUUGAUAAAAUGCCAACAAAUCGCUUGGAGACAAAAUUUCCAAAAAUAAAAAUAAACAAGCAAAAAAAUAUAUUCCCGAAUUUUGUCUACUUAUUUUUUUGGCAGGAAGAUUUCGCCAAAUAAAUUAAUCAUGGCGCACGCCGGGGUGCUCUCGGUUCUCGAAUUGGUGGCCAUUGUUUCCUGCGGCUAUGGAUUGUUCGCCCUCUCGUCGGGAAUCCAUCUCUUUGGCAGCCUGGGUUUGGCGUAUGGAUCUCUGUGGUUUUUGCUCGGGGCGACGUCCAACAUUUGCGGGUUGGUGGGACUGUAUUUGAUGAUGUACGGUCCUGUGGAGCAAGCCGCGCGUGGGUCGCAGCCCUGGAUUCAGUACCAUUACUUGCUCGCCUGGCUGACCAUUGUGCUCGGAUACCCGACUUUUCUCACGAUGAUUUGGCUCGCUCAUUAUCCUUCGCCGUAUGAUCAGCUCAACCUGGUCCUCGCCCUGCUUCCGCUCCUCGCCUGGGCAAAACGCCGCACCAAAACGAUCGUCCUCACCACCCAGAUCGUUUCCGGGAUCGCGAUCCUGUCCCACAUUUGGAUUUGUGUCGUCGCCUCCCAAAUCUACGGUUUGAUCGGUGCUGGGAUCAUGAUCAUCAACGUGACCGCGCUCUCCAUCCCGACCAAGUACAACCUUUGGGGGUUUUCUUCCCGAGAAAUGUAUGUCAUCGGGCUGUCCAUCACGUCCGCCAUUUUUGCUCAAGAGGUCUCAACCAUGGUGAAAGGGGGGGUCGUCCAUGUGUCGGAUGUUUUCAAAGUUCCCGCUUUUUAA